GUACGCAGUAUAUUGUAGUGCAUUUGUACUAGUGAAUGGUGGUGGAUUGUUUGACUUGAUGAGGUUGUUUUCCUCUGAAAAUGGACCAUCGUGGACCGUAUAAAGGCAACGUGGCAACUCCUGACAGUUUGAGGCAACGCAGGAGAGAAGAACUAACAGAUCUGAGGAAGCAGAAGAGAGAGAGAUUAUUAUCCACCAAGAGAGUAAGGUUACAGAGCAGAGACUGUAUCUCUGAGACAGAUGAAGAAAUUUCUGAGCUCAUGGUGAAAGAGCUAACAAAGAGUUUCCUGUCCUCGGAUUCGGACAGGAAAGCAAUUAUGCAAAUAUUACGGCGGUCUUUUGCACAAAAUAGCGUUUUUGUGGAUGCAUUUCUAAGUGUGGACAAUGCCCUUCCGUCACUCAUUGGUCUUCUUACAGGCCAUGAUGCAGACUUACAACUCGAGGCUGCUUGGUGCAUCACAAACAUCUCUGCAGGCGUGCACGAACAUGCCCAGGUGGUACUGCGGUUGGCAGCCCCUUACCUCAUUACGUAUCUCUCAAGUGGAAAUUCACUCAUGCAAGACCAGUGUGCCUGGGCAUUGGGGAACGUUGCUGGUGACAGUGCAGAAUGCAGAGAAACUUUAAAGAAACAAGGGAUUGUGGAGCCACUUAUAAGCUUAUUAAAGUCUGAUAACACUGGUGUACAAAGAUCGGCAUCAUUUGCACUUUCAAAUAUAGCAAGAGGUCAUGACAUGCAUACCAAAGAUCUAAUGGUGGCUGGCGUGGCACCCCUCCUUUUAAACCACCUGAAUUAUGAUGAAUCGAAACUGUCCGUGAUUUCAGAAGUUGCUUGGGUCCUGACUUAUUUAACUGCUACUGGGGAGCAUGCAGAAGAACUGGUUCAGUUGGGGCUGAUAGAAAAGAUAGUCAACUUAUUGAUUGUGAUGGCAAAGGUCAACCAUAAUGAUGCACAGAUCGUCACACCAUUAUUACGGUGUUUAGGGAACAUCUGUAGUGGCCCUGAUAGAUACAGCGUUCAGGCAUGUGCCAAUGAUGAGCUAUUGGCAGGUCUUGCACAGUUUCUCCUUUCCGAACAUCACCAUAUUAAAAAAGAGUGUCUCUGGGCUCUCUCAAACAUGACUGGUGAAAUGAAUGUUGCACGUGAUAUACUGGUCAAGAACCUUCUACCGCUAAUUCUGGGUGAAUCCAUUGGUGCUUUUGACAUCAAGAAAGAGGUAUCAUUCUGCAUCUGUAACUUAGCAGCACAUGGUGACGAGUUCUGCCUCGAGUUACUCCGACAAGGGGCAUUGCAAGUCAUGGUGCCUUUACUCAAGUUGACAGAUACAGACCUGCUUCAUAUGACGCUCAGUUUCUUUGAGAUGAUGCUUGGAGCUGGUGGUGAAAAAGCAAAAGUUGUGUUUGAAGAGUGUGACGGGGUGUGUGGUCUUGAAAGUUUAGAGUACCACGAUAAUGAUCAAAUCCGUGCUCAAGCCUCGGAAAUUCUUGACAAGUACUUCUGUAUUGACAUUGUGCAGGCCGUUGAGGAAAAUUCCUCAAAUCAUAGUAUUGUGAACUACGAUCCGCAGGUGAAAGUAGGAUGAAGGGGUCACGCUGUGAAUCAGAAACUAGAGGCUCCCUGUGUGUCGGCUUAACAAGGGUGUGCAAGGUUACUUAACCUGCUAGAUGGCAGUUUAGAAUGUAAAAUGGAUAUUUGAAUGGAAUACAUUACAUCAGACGUCUGGGCAGUGUGCGGCAGGAUGGCUGUCCGCGCAGCCCUGAACCCUGUCUGGUUCUCGAGUUAAUUAAAGAGGUGCUUUGUGUGUGAGAAGACAACAACUAUGCUAGCCAUGAGUAAUCUCUGGGAUACCUUGGACUUAAUGUGAAAUCGAUGAUGUAAUUCCACAUUUGUUGACGUAUUUGUUAUACCUUGCAGGCCAUUGAGAAUAGCUAUUACUACUCUUUUUACAUGUUAUUGGUGUAAUUUAGUGUUUACCUUUUUGAUAAUGAAUGGCUUUCUAUUAUAAUUCUACAAAUCAAGUACCAUGUGUUUAUAUUUGUAAACACAACAUGCAUUUUUGUCCAUUUGUGGACUUUGAGAUUAUUUAUUACGGGUUCUUGUAGGAAGGGAGAGCAGGCCUGAGCCUUGGCAACCACCAUCAGUCCUGGGAUGAAAUCUUUUCAUAAGAAAGAAAACCAAAAUACAAAAUCUUUAGAGAUGGACGAGAACAAGUUUUCACAGGCCUAAAGUGGCUCCCUUGCAAUGUGCUUUAAAGGACUCGCCUCCCUGAUUUGCAAAAUAUGUUUGACUCAAUUUUGGCAAGAGAUGGUCUUUCUUUUAUCAUUUCACAGUGGAGUUGCUCUUUUGUUAUACAUGCAAGUUGUGAAGAGAUCUGAACUAUUGUAUUUAGAAUAAGGAGUUUUAUAUUAUCGUUGUAACGUUAACUCCUUCGCUGUAUUCAUGUUUUACGUACACCGAAAGAACAUUCACAAUGAUUCAUAAUUUCACAUUACUCCAGGCAGAAUUUAAGAGCUUCCCCUCCAACAAGGACCCCAGUUGUGUGGCAGCAUUCUCUUGUUAACUGCCUCCUACGUAGGUUGUUGCAACCAUAUUUUCAAUUGCCAUUUUAUUUGAAUGGAAUUCAAAAUAAACUCCAGAUGUCCAUGUACACCAAAAUUAAUUUCAGAACAUUUCUUGUAAACGAUGGAAAUACAAGAAACCUUUUUGUAUUUUUUUGUUCUUUUUACCACAGAAAGCAUGUCAUUUACACUGUUUGUUUCAAUCCAUUUUUCUUUUUGCUCUUGUUUGAUUUUACAACUUGUAAAUAUUUUAUUUUUGUACCAAUCAUGUGCCUGUAUAAACAAUAGUGUUCAGUUUGUCAUGUUAGAUGGACAAACUUCAAAAUCGAAUAGUGAACGUUUCAAUUCCACAUUACACAGUACGUCGGAAAAUUGAUUUACAAAAUUCAUGAAUAUUUUUAUUCAGAUAAGCAUUACAUGUACUUCCUUUGCCAGGAAUAUUGUGUCAUACGAAAAUCUCUUCAAAACGAUAUGUAAUGGGGAAUAUACUUGUAUAGAUGUCCUUAAUGUGCAGUGUAUGUAAAUGUGUACAUAGAGUUCAAAUCAAAAUAAAAUAAAAAGCAU